AUGCCAUGCUCCAUUACUACGACCACAGCAAUGAAAGUCGUCACCAUCAGUUCGGAUGGAUUGAAAGGCUGCAUUAACGUCUUCUCCCCGGUCGGCGAAUUACUGGGCAUCCUGAACGCCCAGGAAGUCACGGCCUUCCGCACCGCGCUGGCCGUCAUGAUCCCCUUCGUACGCCAUGCGGGCCCGAAAUCUAACAUCGUGAUCUUCGGCGCCGGACGCCAAGCCGAGCAGCACAUCAAACUAGCUCUUCUUCUCACCGACGACGUGAAAAGCGUCACCGCCAUAAACCGCAAUGCGCCACGACGGCUGGAGUCACUCUUCGCUACUCUCCGGGGAAAGUACCCUGGCAUCGCGUUCAAUUUGCUUCUCAGGACAGCAGAAGACUUUGACACACGCCUUCAAGCACGACUUGCCGAGUCGGAUGUGAUAUUUGGCUGUACCCCGGCGACGGUACCCCAUUUCCCUCACAGUUACUUGACCAACAAGAGGAGAUUCAUUGGACUGAUAGGCUCGUAUAAACCGGCGAUGCAGGAAGUGGAUUCGGAGACGAUACUUUCUGGUGAGGGGCGGCGCAUAUACGUGGACACGAAGGAAGGAUGUUUAGGGGAAGCGGGAGAGUUGAUUAGGGCGAAGGUGACGGAGGAGCAACUGGUCGAGAUUGGCGAGCUGGAUGUAAUUAGUGAAGAGUCGUUGGGAGGGCAAGGGAAUUUGAUUUUCAAAUGUGUCGGGUUGGGGAUUAUGGAUCUGGUCAUGGCAAAGGAGUUGAUUGAGAUGGCGAGGGAGAAAGGAGCAGGGUUGACUGUUGAGGAUUUUUAA